CAGCGAGCGAGCGAGCAAGCGCGCCCCCGCCACGCCUCCAUCAUAACGCCACCGCCACGCUCGCCACGCCUCCCAUCCGCUCCACUCCAUUUCAAAUUCUCGCCACCUCCCCCCCGCAUUUCGACGAACACCUUCGCCGCCCACCCCCCGCAUGUCUCCGACCGCCACCCCAUCCCCCGCGCCCGCCGCGGUGGCGGCAGCGCCCAAGCCGCCGCCGUCGGGGACGGGGGCGAAGCGCAGCCUGAUGUCGUCGCUGAUGGAGGCCACCGCGCUGCUCAGGUCGUCGUCGUUCAAGGAGGACUCGUACGUGGCGUCCGCGCUCCCGGCGUCCGACCUCCGCGCGCUCGCCGACCUCAGGGCGCUGCUGUCCACGCACCCGGACCCAAUCUCCAUCUGGGGCGUGCCGCUCAACCCGGCGCCGCCCCAGGGCGGGGAGGGGGCCCCGGCCCCGGCCGCCGCCGCCGACGAGCGCGCCGACGUCGUGCUGCUCAAGUUCCUCCGCGCGCGGGACUUCCGCGUCCGCGACGCGCACGCCAUGCUGCUCCGCUGCGCCGCGUGGCGGGCCGAGUUCCGCGCCGACGCCGUGCUGGACGAGGACCUCGGGUUCAAGGACCUGGAGGGGGUCGUCGCCUACAUGCACGGCUGGGACCGGGAGGGCCACCCGGUCUGCUACAACGCCUACGGCGUCUUCAAGGACAGGGACAUGUACGACCGCGUCUUCGGCGACGGCGAGCGCCUCGCCCGCUUCCUCCGCUGGCGCGUCCAGGUCAUGGAGCGCGGCGUCCGCGCGCUCCACCUCCGCCCCGGCGGCGUCAACGCCAUCAUCCAGGUCACCGACCUCAAGGACAUGCCCAAGCGCGAGCUCCGCGCCGCGUCCAACCAGAUCCUCUCCCUCUUCCAGGACAACUACCCUGAGAUGGUCGCGCGCAAGGUGUUCAUCAACGUGCCCUGGUACUUCUCGGUGCUGUUCUCCAUGAUCUCGCCGUUCCUCACGGAGCGCACCAAGAGCAAGUUCGUCAUCGCGCGCGAGGGCAACGUCGCCGAGACGCUCUUCAAGUUCAUCCGGCCGGAGCUGGUGCCGGUGCAGUACGGCGGGCUGAGCCGCGCCGGCGACCUGGAGAACGGCCCGCCGAAGCCGGCGUCCGAGUUCACCAUCAAGGGCGGCGAGAAGGUCUUCCUAGAGAUCGACGGCAUCGAGGCCGGCGCGACGAUAACGUGGGACCUGGUGGUGGGCGGGUGGGAGCUGGAGUACGGCGCGGAGUACGUGCCGGCGGCGGAGGACAGCUACACGCUGUGCGUGGAGCGGACGAGGAAGGUGCCGGCCGCCGCCGACGAGCCGGUGCACAACGCCUUCACGGCGAGGGAGGCCGGCAAGAUGGUGCUCUCCAUCGACAACUCCGGCUCCCGGAAGCGGAAGGUCGCCGCCUACCGGUACUUCGUGCGCAAGCCGUCGGCGUAGAAGGCGGCGGCGGCGGCGGCCAGUGGAGUGCUUUGCAUCGUUGCUUGGCUUUGAAGAGGGAGAGGUUUAAUUUAAUUUAGGGGCUACUUAAUUAGUGCUAUAACGACGUGCAUGUAUUAAUGCCAUAUGUAGAAUAUAAAUUGUAAGAGCUGUCACAACGAACUUAUCAUCAUCCUUAUAAAGCUUCGAGUUCACUGUUUUUUUUGGCUAA